CAGGCGCUUGAGAGAUACACAAGAAUGUCGCUUUGACCAAUCACAGCGCAGAAUACGAUUACUGACAAGCUGUUCAUCCAAUAAAAUUCAACCGUGGGUGGGGUUUGAGUGAAGUUCGGGAUAGUGAACUACACUCAGUUUGCCUUACUCGACAGCAUAAUGAUAGGCAACGAAACCGUUGAUUAAUUCACUCGCGUGAAUGCAAAUACAGCAGCGGAUAAAGUGUCACGUUUUUUUAAAAAACAUAAAAACAUUACUUCAGCGUCCGACGAAGGAAUAUACGGUUAUAUUGACAUCCAUUCGACCAGUCAAACUGUUAAAAUUGGGGAGUUUUCCACUCAAAAUGUUUAUUGCCCGACGACGUUUCCUUUGCGCGUGUACGGGAAUUGCGAUAGUUUCAUCUGGACAAAUCGGUCUAAUGGAUACUAGAAGAUCUGAAAGAAAUGUUCUUGUUUUAUAAUGUGUCCUGGAGUCUAUUGAAUAACUGGCUGACGUGGGGAUCACGCAGGGGGGCUGGCCGAAAAAGGAGAGACACAGGCGGGCAGAGGGGCUGCGCCGCCGCGCGUCUGGGAUUACAGUAAACACAGUUUGUUUCUUCAAUAUCCUAAUAGGCUUUGACGAGAUAAUGCAAUCGCAGGCAUAUAAAACGCGAAGGAAACUAUGUAGUAUGUCUUCUUUUAGGGGUUCUGAGACGCUCAGACUGACCACUGCCUAUAAAUUCAUGGAUGUUUACGUCAGUGAAUGAUUUGGAAGUUUGUAAAGUUUAUAAAGGCCACCAAUCACUGCUGUAUGAACUUUGUUUUUAAUAUCUGAUGCAUGUUAUGAGUGCUGUCUAAGAUGGUUGAGAACAGAUGCUUUGUUCAGAGAGAGGAGGUUUACCGCUGGUUCUCCGCGUUGAGUUCGGCGCAGAGGGCUGAGUUUCUCUGCGGCCUUUUGGACCUCUGCGUUCCCAUUGAGCUGCGCUUCCUCGGCUCAUGUUUGGAAGACCUAGCCCGAAAAGACUACCACUCUCUGAGGGAUGCAGAAAUCAAAGCCAACAACCCAGCUGACCUCGCCAACCUGACCAACAUCACGGAUGAGGUCGUGAGGAGCAAGCUGCUCGUCUCUCUCGCGCUCCUCAGCUCGGACAACCGCGUAGCGGCGGGAGUUUUGUUUCGGACCCUCACUCACAUCGACACCAUCAUUAACAACUACGGACUUCAGCUUAACGAUGGCCAGACUGGAGAGCAGUUUUUGCUCCUCUUCACCAUGGCUUCGAACCAUCCCGCCUUUAGUUUUCAUCAAAAGCAGGUGCUGAGGCAAGAGUUGACGCAGAUCCAGGAGAUCCUUCAGGUGACAGUUGGUGAGGCACCGUCGACGUCACACGGGGGCGGGGCCAGCGCUGCUGCGCUCCCAAACGUGAGCGCGACCCCGACCUUCUCUUCCUACAUGACAACAUCCACCUUCAACUCCUGCCAGGCCGGAUGUCCAUGCUGCAAGAAUGUGCAACUGGAGGUCACAGGAGGUCAGAUUGAUGAAGGCUUGGGUCCCGAAGUCAUGCUGCCAAGUCCAUCACUCUUGUGCCAGGAAAUGCCACUCAAAAUGCAUGUCGGAAAACCCAGCAAAGUGUACGUUGAAAGAAUUGAACUAAGGGGAGUUACACCCAAAUCAGACAAACCAACAGAAUACAUCCUGGAGGCCUUGUGGUCCGACUCCACUUUGUCGACUGUCAGCAAAACCCCUCAGGAAGUGGUGGAGUUUAUCUCCCAGCUCUCUCAGCUCUUUCCCGAUGAAUGUCUAGAGAAACUUCUGCCCCAAAUGCCUGGACUUGAUUCCACUCAUGAACUAGAUCCUCGAUGCUUGACCUCUCUUUCACCUCAAGUUCUCAAACAUGACAAAGUCCGUUUCUUCUUCAGCACUUCGCCUGCACCUCAACUCCCUACUAGCACAAAUCUGGGCUGUCUGCUUCAGUAUAGGGGAGCGAGCAGGCCCAUUUGUGGUGUCGCCAGCAUCCAGCCUGUCCUAAGUGUCCAUGCAACCCUCCCGCAGAGCUCCCCUGCCCACCUGCCCCCUCUCCCUCCUCAGACAGCGGUGGCCAUCCUCCCCGGGACACCCGUACCCAUGGGGGAGGCAAGCCCACCACAGAUGCACCUCACAACCCCCACACCCCAAGUCCAGGCCCAGUCCCAGCAGCCCAGCCCGGAGCAGAACGGCAUCCUGGACUGGCUUCGUAAACUACGGUUGCAUAAAUACUACCCUGUCUUCAAACAGCUAACCAUGGAGGAGUUCCUCGCUCUCACAGAAGAGGAUCUCAACAAGUACGACCUCACUCAGGGGGCCAAGAAGAAACUAAAGACUCAGCUGGAGCUUCAGAAAGAGAAACUGGAGAAGAGAUACGUGGUGUCUCAGUUUCCUGUUUCCUGCAGUGGAGUUGCCAGAGUGACCCCUUCCAGUCAUAUCGGACCCCUGACACACGCACACACUGGAAGUGAGCUACGGGUAGACGUCGAGAACAGCUCGUUACCCAUUCCACGGGACAGCAGUUCCUCCUCAGGCUAUUCCAGUGCUCCUUCCAGUCCAAUGACCCCUUUAUCACGUGACACCUCUUUUGACCGGGUCAAAGACCUUCACAGACGUCUAUAUCUCCUUUCAGGUUUAGAGUCUGGCUUGGAUCCUGGUGAGAAAGAACGGUCAUGCUUUCUCCUCAAUCCUGCGGUAUCCACUGGUCCCAGCCGUCCCACUGCCCAAGUCCUCCCAGUCCAGAACGAUCCCUCCCUCUGUCCCUCCCAAAUGAAUUUGCCCCAUCCAUCCUUGCCCCUCCUCUCCCCAGGUCGCGUUAUCAACUCUCCCCGCAAACUUCGUCCACCCCCUCUCUGUUCAGAAGAACGUCCCAAACCGAUGGGGUCUGGGGUCACCGUGGGUGUCCGGCUUGAGAACAUCUUCCCUGGGUUGAAUCUUGAUGGUUCUCCGGGGCACCAGGAUGUGUCAGGCCCCCGUGGGGCCCUCACAGUGCUUCGCUCCCCUCCAGGUCUCAUGGUGGAGACCAGCACUGCUCUCACCUCCACUUCUAACACCCUCCAUCAUGUUUCCCACCCACCCUUACAUUUACAAGUGUCGUCUUCUGUUCCACGCACAGGAUCGUACCCUUUCUCCACCCCGUCCUCCUGCCCCUCAUCGAGUUCCUCCACCAGACCCACCUUCUCACCUGUCAGUGGAGUUCCAAUAGCAACAGCCAGCAACGUUCCCAUGGCGGCAGUACCCGGGAACACAUACUGCGUUAACAGUACGCCCACAAUCACGCCCAGUUCUAGCCCAGCAUCCACAGAGAAUAGCGGCUACGCCUCAGUGCAAGCAAACAGCGCUAACUCCAGUUCCUCAUUGUGCGUUUGUAGCUCUUGUGGUUGUAGCGGCAACUGUGGCUCGUACGGAGCGCUUCCGGCUAGCUACGCCGGAUACUUUCCACAUCCGUUUUCAGGAACGUCAGUAUUCACGUUAGGGCCUUUGCUUCAUUUCAGCCCCCUCCUUACUGGAAGUGGUACCGCCUCCCCCUUUUCCUACCCCCUUGUGGCCCCGCCUAUUUACAACAGCAGUCUAUCACAUGACUCCCAACAAAAUCUUGUGCUUCCACCAGUGCAGGGUUUUCUAGGGGGAGGGGGUGGUGUGUACCAGCCCCAUGGAAUGAUGGGAAACGGAAGCUCUGGGCAUAAGAAAACAGGGAAUGUGUCCUGCUAUAACUGUGGGCUGAGUGGGCAUCGAGCACAAGACUGCAAACAGCCAGCAAUGGACUCUGCACAACAAGGGACUUUUCGUCUGAAAUAUUCCCCGCAGUCAGACAGCCAGGACUCAGGGGAAUAAACGGUGUGAAUGAACUGGUCUGGACCUGCACCUUCCUCAGUGUGUAAAGACACUUGAUGUGAGACUCCGCUGAGCAAAGGCAUUACAGUUUCUCUUUACAGGAGGAUCAAGCGAUGGAGUUCCAUCGGUUAUGGCUUCCAAUGAAAGCCUUGUGCCAAAGAAUCACUUCACGGUGGAUCUUAGUAAAGGGAAGUUCAAAGAAGUCACUCUUUUUGUGUUCUUCACGCUGUUCGUCUCACUUGAGACUCGCUUGAGCACUGUGGAGCAACCAAUAGUGUAUCAGAUAAUGCUGCACAUGGAAGCAAAACGAGAAGAUUUUGCUCGCCAAAUAAUGGCCAAUUAUGGCCACGUCUUUUGCUCAUGGUGUGGCUACAAGUCAUUUUUUGGGAAUAAGAUACUGGCAAUCUUUUUUUAUGGAUGUUCAGAAAGGAAGGAGAAAUUGACAAUUGGGAAAGCGAAAAUGUCAUUUUCAAUCUCGAGGUCAUUUUUUAGCUUUUUGACUACAGGAAGUCUUCUUAAUCAUCAUGUUUUAUUCCUGUUUGUUGUAAUCAUGGCGUAUUUGUUAAUAUCUGGGUUUUUGAAAACAUGUUUGCUACUUUUGAAUUAUAUUUUUUUAUUACAUUCUCUUCUUAGUUUUUGAACUAAGAACUGAACACAAGAGGAAACAGUUUUCAGUAUGUCACACUACAAAGGUCAAAAAGUGGGUUUCUCUGUUUCUCAAUUACAUUAGCCUAAAAAUUUUCCAAAGUGUUGAAAAAGGUCAGACUUUCACCAUUAGGCGCAUUUAGCCAAUAGAUGCCAUUCCGUUGUCAUUGCCAAACAUUUUUGAUGUUUCUAUGCAAAUGGUGAUAUUUCUGUUUAUAAAUUACAAAGAUCUUGCGUCGCUGGCUAUGCAUGUCGCCUGAUUUACUAUGUGCUGUAUGUAUUAUGUCUAGUAUUAUCGCAGGAAAGCUUUUGGCCUAAAACGACAAUGACGACGCAGCCAUUUUGUAUUCUGAGGUGAAUGUUUAAUGAAGUUUGAUUGUUGAAUUUUUGUAUAAUGUAUCACUUUGACACUUUUUAAAAAUGAAUUAAAAAUGUUUUUGAGAAUUUUGCUUAAAGUUUGACGUUUUUAAGAAAAAAAGUAUCAAAGAAAAUGCCAGACAGGAUGCAUAUUUCUCUUUUAUUUUUAAAAUAUCAACAGAAAUAGAAGUGUGAUAUUGCUGUAAAUCUGAGCAGGAGAAAUACAUAAAUGAGCUUAGUUCCAUAAUGGUUUGAUAAUCCUUUAAAGUUAAACUCUCAUUCAAACAAAACAGUCACUUUUGUAAAUUGCACAAUAGUAGAACAUAUGAAUUGAUUUUACAAGAACAAAACAACAUCUCUUUAAAUAAGAGCAAGACAAACAGCAAUUAAAUGCUCAGGAGAAAAGGCAUCUAAGCUUAUCUGUACAGUUUACUGUAAGACAUACAGAUGGAAAGAGAACAACAGCUCACGGUUAUGUAUUUAUAAAGGCGUAAAUAAUCCUCUAAUGAAAUUGAAAAGUCUAAAAGCGUGCACCUAAAAGAGCAAGGAUGUCCGGGCAGCACUCGUGUCCGUGAUUGAGCUGCCCUGUCUACCUUGGGCCACAAUCGCUAAAGCCACAUUCAUUCGCUCAAUGUACCAUUGAAUAUAAUUACAUUUUCCUUCGUUUUAAAGCUUCACACUACAAUCAAAGCAGAAUUUCUUGUAUUAUAAAUCGCUUACUAUGUAUUUCCUCAGGUAUGUCCCACUGGAUCAUACUUCAAAUGUCAACAAGGCAAGUAGGACGUUGUUUCGAACCUUGACAGAGUUGUGAAAUCCAAGAACCUCAACGCUCAUGACCCAAUUAGCAAAAAGCUCGAGGGGGAGGUGAAGAGACAGAAUUGCUUCUAACAGGAAAAUGGAACAGCGGAAAACACAGUUAGACACCUACAGGUAAGGAAAGGCUGUCGAACUCAACAAAUAAAGAGAUUUGACGAACAGCGGGAGGGGUUAAAGGUCACCAGAGUGCGUUGGCAGCAACACGACCCCUCCAAGCUAAAAUGAACCUGACGGAUAACCUCUAUUUGGCCGCCUAACGUUACACUAAAUGCCAUUUCGGAAAUUCAACCGCUAAGAAAUCGAGAUGGU